AUGGCUUUAAGAUUCCCAACUCCAGUGUUCAAGUACUACUGGCCAUACGCUGCUGGUGCCACCAUCACCUACUACUUGGUCUACAAGGGUGCCACUGCCUCCAUGAACUCCGAUGAAUUCAUCAACGAUCCAAGACAUCCAAGAUUUCAAUCUGGUGGAAAGUUCAUCGACUUGGAAAAGAGAGAUUAAAGCUGAUUCUGCCAGGAAUUACUCAUAGAGCUUAACGAUCAAUCCAUAUAUGGAACACGUUUCCCUCAUUUCACGCUUGAAGAUGCAUCAUGCUUCUUUGUAUGAAUUAGAAAAUCAGUUUAAUUUAUUUCAUUGAAAAUCAAAAACUUAUCGUU